GGAGCUCAGAUCGCUGUCCUCGUAAAACCUCCCUCGAACGUUCUCCUUCCGAAAGCUCGCCUUUUGGUAGAGGAAGCGAUCGAAAGCCGCGAAGUUGGGUUUUGUUGCCUCCAUUUAGACCGCGGAGUGGAAAGGAAGUUUGCGGUGGGGGAGGUUUAAGGCUUUGUCUCGGGAUGGCGGGAGGUGGAGGUGGCGGUGACUCGAGAGAGCUCGACCAGACCGCGACGUGGGCUGUCGCGGCUGUUUGCGCGGUCAUCGUUUUGAUCUCCAUACUGCUGGAGAAGGGUCUUCAUCACUUCGGAGAGUGGCUUAAUGAGAAGCACAAAAAGGCUCUUUAUGAAGCUCUUGAGAAGAUUAAAGAUGAGUUGAUGAUUCUUGGCUUCAUUUCCCUACUACUGACUUUUGGACAGAGUUACAUUGCUAAAAUCUGCAUACCGGAUACAUUGUCAAAUACCAUGUUGCCAUGCCCAAUCAAAACAGAUACUGGGACAGCAGAGGCAGGUGGAGGACACCGUAGGAAACUGUUAACAAAUGCGCUUAUAUAUGGGAAUAUACAGCAUAGGAUACUAGCUGCAGGAUCAAUUGUUUCAUGUCCCUUAGGCAAGGGGCCACUUAUUUCAAUGAAUGGACUACAUCAGUUGCACAUCUUCAUAUUCUUUCUGGCAGUGUUUCACGUAGCAAGUGGUGCUCUCACAAUGACUCUUGGAAGAGCAAAGAUGCGUAGAUGGAAGGAGUGGGAAACUGAGACUUCAUCCAUUGAAUAUGAGUUCUCCAAUGAUCCCUCAAGAUUCAGAUUUGCACAUGAGACAUCAUUCGUGAGAAGACACACAAAUUUCUGGAACAGAAUCACAAUCCUGUUCUACUUUGUAAGCUUUUUAAAGCAAUUUUUCAGCUCUGUUUGUAAAGCAGAUUACUUGGCAUUGCGCCAUGGUUUUAUCAAUGCUCACCUGGCUCCAGGAAGUAAGUUUAAUUUUCAAAAAUAUAUAAAAAGAACAUUGGAGGAUGACUUUAAGGCAGUAGUGGGGAUCAGUCCCGUAUUAUGGGCUUCAGCUGUGAUGGUUUUGCUUCUUAAUGUUAAUGGAUGGGAGGAAUUGUUUUGGGCAUCAAUACUUCCUCUAGUUAUAAUUCUAGCAAUUGGGAUGAAGCUACAGGCAAUAAUAGCAAGGAUGGCCAUUGAAAUUCAAGAGAGACAUGUAGUGGUUCAAGGAAUUCCGCUGGUGCAACUCAGUGACCAACAUUUUUGGUUUAAAAAUCCACAGUUUGCUUUAUUUCUCAUCCAUUUUGCAUUAUUCCAGAAUGCAUUUCAGAUCACAUACUUCUUUUGGAUAUGGAGUUGGAGUCCAAUUCUUGUGUUCGUACAUUACACUUCCGCUUUAUGCACUUGUAUCUCAGAUGGGUUGACACAUGAAGAGGUCCAUCUUUGAUGAGCAGACUUCGAAGGCUCUCAAGAAGUGGCAUCAAGCUGUGAAGAAAAAACAUGAGAAAGGAACCUCACAUGCUUCCUCGGUCCAUGAAACAAGCCCCAGGGCAAGCUCGCCGGCAUCUCCUCUGCAUCCUAUGCAGAGGUAUAGGACUAUUGGGCAUACAAGAGAAUUAUCCAACUCUUCAACAGGAAAUGCUUUGGAUCAUUACAAUUCGGAUACAGAAAUUGAGAUGUUAUCCUCAUCAAAAAACAACAACCAAGAGUCUAGACCAACCGAACGUCACCUACGCAUAGGAGAGCACCGAAACAACGAAGAUCAAUUCUCAUUCGAAAAGCUUUCUGCUCAGACUGGAGGACAACCACAAUCUUGACAUUUCUUGUCUCAUGUCGCUUGAAUCAAUUACCGUAACAUUUGUUAUUAUCGUUUUCAUAAAUUUUGACAUCGUGCUUCCUGGAAAGGGAUGUCUAUUAGUUUGGAGGGUCUUCCUUAGCUAGCAGGGAAUUAUGAUUUGUGUGCAGUAGUUCAAAUGUUGACAAUUUUUAUUGUUCACCAUUCAGCCAGCUGCUUGCUUGGAUUAGGAUCAAAACAUCUGUUUGGUUUUAGUACAUAUAUGUA